AUGUCACUCCUCCUCGCUGGGGGCCAGGACGCCUGGAGGUUGCCAGGCAGCUACAUGGUGGUGCUGAAGGAAGAGACCCACCGCUCGCAGACGGAGCGCACCGCCCGCCGCCUGCAGGCCCAGGCCGCCCACCGCGGCUACCUCACCAAGAUCCUGCACGUCUUCCACGACCUUCUCCCCGGUUUCCUGGUGAAGAUGAGCGGUGACCUUCUGGAGCUGGCCCUGACGUUGCCCCACGUCCAGUACAUCGAGGAGGACUCCUUCGUCUUUGCCCAGAGUAUCCCGUGGAACUUAGAGCGGAUUCUCCCUGCGCGGCGCCAGGCGGAUGAACACCACGCUCCUACUGGAGGUGGCCUGGUGGAGGUAUAUCUCUUAGACACCAGUAUCCAAAGUGGCCACCGGGAAAUUGAGGGCAGGGUGGUAGUCACUGACUUCGAGAACGUGCCCGAGGAGGAUGGGACACGCUUCCACAGACAGGCGAGCAAGUGUGACAGCCAUGGCACCCACUUGGCGGGGGUGGUCAGUGGCCGGGAUGCUGGCGUGGCCAAGGGCGCCAGCCUGCGCAGCCUGCGUGUGCUCAACUGCCAAGGGAAGGGCACGGUGAGCAGCACGCUCACAGGCCUGGAGUUUAUUUGGAAGAGCCAGCUGGCCCAGCCGGCGGGCCGGUUGGUAGUGUUGCUGCCCCUGGCGGGUGGGUACAGCUCGGCCCUCAACGCCGCCUGCCAGCAGCUGGCUGGGACGGGGGCAGUGCUGGUGGCCGCUGCUGGCAACUUCAGGGAUGACGCCUGUCUCUAUUCCCCGGCCUCAGCUCCCGAGGUCAUUACUGUUGGGGCCACCAAUGCCCAGGACCAGCCAGUGACCCUGGGGGUCCUGGGGACCAACUUUGGCCGCUGCGUGGACCUCUUUGCCCCAGGGGACGACAUCAUUGGUGCCUCCAGUGACUGCAGCACCUGUUUCACAUCACAGAGUGGGACGUCACAAGCUGCCGCCCAUGUGGCUGGCAUUGUGGCUAGGAUGCUGACUGCUGAGCCGGAGCUCACCCUGGCUGAGAUGAGGCAGAGGCUGAUCCGUUUCUCUGCCAAAGACGUCAUCAAUGAGGCCUGGUUCCCCGAGGACCAGCGGGUACUGACCCCCAACCUGGUGGCUACACUACCCCGCAGCACCUAUGGAGCAGGUGGGCAGCUGUUCUGCAGGACCGUGUGGUCGGCGCACUCGGGGCCCACGCGGAUGGCCACGGCCGAGGCCCGCUGUGCUGCCCCUGAGGAGCUGCUGGGCUGCUCUAGCUUCUCCAGGAGCGGGAAGCGGCGAGGCGAGCGCAUUGAGGCCCGAGGGGGCAGGCGCGUUUGCCUGGCCCACAACGCGUUUGGGGGUGAGGGUGUCUACGCCAUUGCCAGGUGCUGCCUGCUGCCCCGGGCCAACUGCCGUGUCCACACGGCUCCGCCAGCUGGGGCCGGAGUGCAGACCCAGGCCCGCUGCCCCCAGCGGGGCCACGUCCUCACAGGCUGCAGCUCCCACUGGGAGGUGGAGGACCUUGACACCCCCAGGCAGCCUGUGCUGAGGCCAUGGGGUCAGCCCGACCAGUGUGUCGGCCACAAGGAGGCCAGCAUCCACGCUUCCUGCUGUCACGCGCCGGGUCUGGAGUGCAAAGUCAGGGAGCACGGGAUCCCGGGCCCUGCAGAGAAGGUCACCGUGGCCUGCGAGGGAGGCUGGACGCUGACCAGCUGCGGGACCCUCCCCGGGGCCUGCCCCGCCCUGGGGGCCUACGCAGUGGACAACACGUGUGUGGUGAGGGGCCGGGACAUCGGAGCAGGAGGGAGGACGGGCGAGGAGGCCGCCGUAGCCAUCGCCAUCUGCUGCCGGAGCCAGCCCUCAGGGGAGCAGGCCUCCCAGGAGGCCCAGUGACCACCCUGCCUGGGACGCAUGCAUGGGGAAGGGGCCAGGGCCUGGGGGCCGUGGUCCCAGGCCUCGGCUGGGCUUUGA